AUGGUGGAAGAAAAGCAGAGAGAGCUUCGUGUGGUGGUGUUUCCGUGGCUUGCCCACGGUCACAUAACGCCCUUCGUUGAGCUUGGCAAAAGGCUGACGAGUCAUGGUCUUAAAGUUUUCAUUGUCUCUACUCCAAUGAAUAUUAAGUUACGAAUUACACCGCAAGUGUGGGAUUCACCGGGGAUAGAUCUGAUCGAGUUGCCGAUGCCCUCCGUGGAGGGGCUGCCAACAGGCGUAGAGUGCUCCGCCGAACUUGUUAAGAGACCAGAAGGGAAAGUAAAACUACCUUUACUCACAGUCGCAAUGGACCUUUUGGAGAAGCCCUUCGAAGCGCUGUUGCAAAAGCUAUCACCAGAUUUUGUUAUCUUCGAUGUGAUGCAGUAUUGGGUUCCUCGUGUGGCUGCCAAGCAGCCAAAUCCCAUUGCCCCCAUAUUAUUCGUCCCACCGGGAGUCACCAGUUUCUGCUAUAUUGAAGGGGAGCUAAUUAUGGCAUCAGGAAACCCAAUCCCCGAGAAUAUGACUGCAUCGCCGAAUGGUUUCCCUUCAUCCAAUAUUCAUUUCACGUUGUUCGAUGCGCGGAAGGCCAUGGAGCUGCUAUAUUGCAAGCAUCCAGGUGGCCUUAGCGUUGCCGAGCGUUCCAGCAUUUGCUUGCGGGAGAGUUGGGCAGUGGUGUGCAAUACGUGUUUGGAGUUGGAAGGAGUGUACAUCGAGUAUUUGCAAAGCCUGGUGAAGCGGCCAGUGUACCCUGUUGGAAUACUCAUGCGUAAACUCCCGCCACUCCCCGUUGAUGACAUUUGCUUGCAGUGGCUCGACAAGCAGCCCGCUGCUUCGGUGGUGGUCUUGUCUUUUGGUAGCGAGUACAAUCUCACCAACGAACAGUUCACUCCAAUUGCAAUGGGUCUGCAAGAGAGCAACGUGUCAUUUCUCUGGUUUCUGCCUGCCGGAAAUGACUUGGUGCAAGGUUUUCAAGAUCAGAUCGGGGAUAAGGGAUUACUGAUGACAAAGUGGGCUCCACAGUUAAACAUUUUGAAUCAUGCUUCUACAGGGGCCUUUUUAACUCAUUGUGGAUGGAAUUCCAUGACAGAAGGCUUAAGGUUUGGGUUGCCCCUCAUAACUCUUCCAAUGCAAUUUGAGCAAGGGUUAAAUGCAAAGCUUGCAUGAGAGCUUAAGGUGGGAAUAGAAGUGAGAAGAAAUCAAAACGAUGGAUCUUUUACUAAGGAUGAUAUUAGUGAAGCAAUUAGAGCCAUAAUGAUAGAAGAAGGAGGAGCACAAAUCAAAUCUAAUGCGAAAAAGAUGAGUGAUAUGUUCACUAGCAAUAAUUUUCAAGUUAAUGAAAGAGACAUGAAGAACUUUGUCUCCAUACUUCAAACUUUUAAUAAAUAACUAAGUUGAUAGGCUUGGCAUUGUUUCUAUUCUCAUAAUGAUGAGAAGAUUAUUGAGUGAACGAUGCUGGCUUUUUAAGUCCUUAUGAUUUAAAAACCUUAGUAUAUGUUAGAUUGUGUUUAUUUACAUUGUAAGACAUAAAUUAAGUUUCUUUAGUUAAUAUAUUGAAUUGUGUUACUGUUUA